AAAGUUGAGGUGUAUUUUCUUGAUUAAGUCGGUUUACUAAUUCUUUAAAUAGGCCUCCUCCCUUACGUAAUUUUCUCAUCCUUCAAUUUCUUCUUCAUUCAAUUAUCAAUUCAAUUUCUCUGUUCGAUUCUCAACCUUUUUCAAGAUGCAAAUCUUCGUGAAGACCCUUACUGGAAAGACCAUCACUCUCGAGGUCGAGAGUUCCGACACCAUUGACAAUGUCAAGACUAAGAUCCAAGACAAGGAAGGAAUUCCCCCAGACCAGCAAAGGCUGAUCUUCGCCGGAAAACAGCUGGAGGACGGCCGAACCCUAGCUGACUACAACAUUCAAAAGGAGUCAACUCUCCACCUUGUGCUCCGUCUCAGGGGAGGAAUGCAGAUCUUUGUCAAAACCCUAACAGGAAAGACAAUCACCCUCGAAGUCGAAAGCUCCGACACCAUUGACAACGUCAAGGCCAAAAUUCAAGACAAGGAGGGAAUUCCCCCAGACCAGCAAAGGCUGAUCUUCGCCGGAAAGCAGCUCGAGGAUGGCCGAACCCUCGCCGACUACAACAUCCAAAAGGAGUCAACUCUCCACCUUGUGCUCCGUCUUAGGGGAGGAAUGCAAAUCUUUGUCAAGACUCUCACUGGGAAGACCAUCACCCUCGAAGUCGAGAGCUCCGAUACUAUUGACAAUGUCAAGGCUAAGAUUCAAGACAAGGAGGGUAUUCCCCCAGACCAGCAGAGGUUGAUCUUCGCCGGAAAGCAGCUCGAAGAUGGGCGCACCCUUGCUGACUACAACAUCCAGAAGGAGUCCACACUUCAUUUGGUGCUCCGUCUUCGUGGUGGUAUGCAGAUUUUCGUGAAGACCCUUACCGGGAAGACCAUUACUUUGGAGGUUGAGAGCUCCGACACCAUUGACAAUGUUAAGACCAAGAUUCAGGACAAGGAAGGUAUCCCCCCAGACCAGCAGAGGUUGAUUUUCGCUGGUAAGCAGCUCGAGGAUGGCCGUACUUUGGCCGACUACAACAUCCAGAAGGAGUCCACUCUCCAUUUGGUGCUCCGUUUGAGGGGAGGGAUGCAGAUUUUCGUCAAGACCUUGACCGGAAAGACCAUUACCCUGGAGGUUGAGAGUUCGGACACCAUCGACAAUGUCAAGGCAAAGAUUCAGGACAAGGAAGGCAUCCCCCCAGACCAGCAGAGGUUGAUUUUUGCCGGCAAGCAGCUGGAAGAUGGAAGGACUCUUGCGGAUUACAACAUCCAAAAGGAGUCAACCCUUCACUUGGUGCUCCGAUUGAGGGGAGGAAUGCAGAUUUUUGUGAAGACCUUGACUGGCAAGACCAUCACUCUGGAGGUUGAGAGCUCGGAUACAAUUGAUAAUGUGAAGGCUAAGAUCCAGGACAAGGAGGGGAUCCCCCCAGACCAGCAGAGGUUGAUCUUUGCUGGUAAGCAGCUCGAGGAUGGGCGUACCCUUGCUGAUUACAACAUUCAGAAGGAGUCUACCCUUCACCUUGUCCUUCGUCUCCGUGGUGGUUUCUAAGCCUUGGUGUCGUUCUCUGGUUGUCGGCGUGAAGUAUAUGGCGUCGAUUUGGUUUCUUUUUUAUGAAUUGUGAAUGCAUUGAAGUACUUGUUGGAACAAUUUCAAUUGUAGUUUUAUGAUCUUAAGUUCUGGUAUUAUGUUUCUGGUUAGUGUUGAUGACCUACGAAGUUCUAAUGUGAAUAAAGUAUCUCCUGUUUGUGUCUA